CAAAUAGCCCUGGGCUCCCCAGGCUGCUCAGUCCAGCUCCUCAGCGCUCACUGUUUGCUCAGCUGAACGCUCAGCCGCAGGAACCAUGAAGCUGGCCCUGUCUCUGCUGCUGGUCACUCUGGCCCUUUGCUGCUCUGACGCAAAUGCAGAAGUGUGUCCAGCCCUUGGAAAAGAAGUGAUAAGCUUCCUAUUGGAUACUAAAGCGCGCUUCAAUGACAAGAUUCAAAAAUUCGAUGCCCCUCAAGCUGCUAAACAGGCCAAGCUGCAAGUGAAGAAAUGCGUAGACAACCUCUCCAUGUGGGACCGAAUAACAGUUGCCCACUUUGUGGUAACUUCAUUCUUUCUGCAUAGAGGCUGCUGCUCAGCUGCAUGGCCAGGAGAGAGUAAAAUUUGAGUGUAACAAGCAGCAUUCAUAAACCCCACCUACGAGGGCCCCUGCUUUCAAGGAUGCCCUGACCUUCCCUGGAAAAUGUAGAGGUUUCAAUGUCUUACUUCAAUAAAUCACUUGCCCUGCA